GAGGCCUGUGGAAUUGGUGCGCCAUCGCUUUCAGGUUGCAAUGUCCAACUUGAAGACCACAGAGGCCGGAGCAAAGAUCUUCGGAGUGCAUCUGCGACACAAGCUCUUCUUCGGGCCUCCAUUUUACGAAAUGUUGACGGCUCGGCAGCAUGGCGAACCCCCAUCUCCUUACACAGCCUGGUAUUUCAGCUCCGAUCCAGUGGCCAGCCAUUUCCCCGACAACCUUUGGCAGCCGCCCUUUUGGGAUUCUGGCCCCGAGUGUGACUCCGAUCGACGCUCCUGGCAUCAGAGCUUGCGCUAUCAACAUGGCCCGGCCUUCCACUUUGAGUCCAAGCGCGGCGAAGUACCGCACGGACCUGGUGAUGAAGCGGCUGCACGUACCUGGUGGUGUAGCAACGACUCAUCCCUGCUGUGCACGUCCACUGCAGCGCAUCGUGAUCCUUUUCGCAGCUUGAUGUAUAGCACCAACCCCAUGCUUUUCCGCACUGACACCUGGCGACUGCACGUCAUGAGCUACAUGACUCUUCUGCAGGAUCUACGAGCGGUCGAGGAGACCUUCACCAGCUCCUACACGUGGCGUGUUGAUCCCACCUUCGUGCUGGGCCUCUCCUUGGGUCUCUUUCGGCAUCGACGCCUGGACCGGAGGAGCAUGCCUGAUGCUGAUGAAGAUCACUUGGCAGCCUAUUGCAUCGAGGCGUAUGCUGAUCGCAUUGAUGAAAGAAAAUUGCUGCAGGGAGUGCUGCUGCUUCGGCUGCUGAUCUUUGUCAAGGACUUGUCGCGCGAAUCCUUUGAGCGCGAUUUCGCGUCAAAGAGUGAGCCAGUGAUCAUCGAAGGCCUGAUUUCGGAUUGGCCCGCCUUCUGCGACCCGCAGCGCACCUGGCGCGGCACCCGCUGGGAUGAACUGCUUGGGGACGAGGUGGUGGACGUGGGCUUCGAUCCACUGGAUGGACGGAUGAUGCACUUCGGUGAUGAUGCGGGGGAGCCCCAGGUGCUGUUGAAUCCCGGCCGCCUACGGAUGCCUUGCUGGGCCUUCCUGGAAGUGGCCCGACUGCGACAGACGAUCCUGCAGCUACGGCGGGAAGGGAAAGUUGAUCUGAAACGACAUCCGGAGUUGCAACGUCGACUCUCCAGAGAGGUCUCGGUUCAGAAUGUGCCCUUUCUGGCUGUUGAUGCUGAGUCACCGCUGUACCUGUUCACGCCACAAACCUGCUGCAUGCGCGACUUGAUGCCAUUGUCAUUCUACCUCUCCCACGACACAUACUCCUUGCCCUCAGAGUUGCAAAAGGACUUAGGGCCUCAGGCUCCCAAGUUGAUCGAAGGAUGGGCCAGUCCCAACUCCUCCCGGAUUUGGGCGACCAAUGGCGCACCAUGGCGAGUGCCCUAUCCGCCCUGGUCGGAUCAGACGGUGCCAGAGCCCGGUCAGGACACCAUGAUCUACAGUUGCUUUCACUGUGACCGUAUGGAGAACUUCCACUCGAUCUUGGCCGGUGAGAAGCAGGUGGUUUUGGUGCCGCCCGGGCAACGCGAUGUCUUGAAUUCCACGCGCUUUGCCUCGCAGAAGCAGUGGCUGCUGGUACCGAUGCCCGGGCCCAACAAGCCUGGGGAGUACAUGUCCUCCACCCUGUUCACUUCCAAGCAGAGCGAGUGCACCAGCGAUCAGAGCGCAGUGCAUCCCUUCCGGUCGCCCGAGGAAAAUCGCAAGGUCUCCAAGGGCCAAUGGCCCGACCGCGUGGACUUCCCGGUGCGCUUCGGCACGCUGCGGAAGGGCGACACGCUCUACAUCCCGGCGUACCAUUGGCACUGGGUGGCCACCUCCACCCCACCAUCCUUGGGUCUGGAAGAUGAUGGGGCCCUGGCCCUAUCCGUGAACUUUUGGUGGUGGCCCAUCCACAAUGACAAGGCCAUGGAGCGGUGGAGCUAUCAAAACGAAUGUGAGUCAUUCCAAAAUGCGCGGAUACCUGUGUCCAAGCCCUUACCCGAACGAGCAGCGCAUGCGCUGUCCUUUUAUCAACUGACCAUGAAGCAGAGGCAGGAGGCUGCAGUCCCAAAACCGUGGCCCACAGGCAGUUCCAAAGAAGACCGCCAUCCAAAGCCGGCCGAACAGAGGGACGGCUACACAUCCAAGGUGGAAGUGGAUACAUCGAUCAAGUUCGAGCUGGUCGACUGA